CGAGCCAUGCAGAGAUCGGUGGUGGUGGGGCAGUUGGUGAGAUUUGCCUCAUCCAGCGCUGCAGCGGGAACGGAGAGACUGGUUCUGGGCUGCGGGAGCAAUGUCAUAGACCACAUCUACCGAGUCAGAGUGGUCCCUGAAGCUGGUGCAAAGGGCUUUUUCUCAAGUCCGUUCAGAGCCCUGGAGAAGAAGUUGAUUGGAGGGGUGACACUCAAUCACCUCUGCUGGGCGGCACUGGGCGGAGUUCGGGCGGGGCUCCUGGCUCUGCAGGGGAACGAUGAACUGGGGCGACUCAUUAGGCGGAGUCUCCGAAACCAGGGUGUGGCCACCGACUUUAUUGCUACUGAUGUCUCAUAUUCAACUGCACAGGUGAGUCUCACUGUUGACCUUUUGUGAAAAGAUUGGUGUUCAGUACUGCAGUGUACCAAUGUGUAUGUACAUCUGUGUGUGUGUGUAUGUGGAAGAGGAGGAGAAAAGGAAGGAAGGUCACGUGUUCAUCCAAGACGGAGGAGAGAGGAGUAUAAUGAUGGCGCCAGCUGCAACUUCACUCAUCACUGCCGAGGCUGUCAGAGUAAACUUUGAGCCAGCAAUCCAGCAGCGUGCCUCGAUGGUAACCACGGAAAUAUCCCAGGUCCCGCUCUCUGGGGUGCUAGAACUGCUGAAAGCGGCCAAGAGAGCUGGUGUCUUGUCAGUGUUGGACCUGGACAUACCUCCUUCAGUAGCAGAGGAGGAGGCGGAGCUGGGGACAGUGGAAGAGGUGGUGGAGUGUGUCAAAAUGGCCGACAUCCUGAAACCUGGCAAAGAAGCAGCAGAGGAACUUGUCUCUCUCAUGGCUGGCCCUCACCGCUCCAGCGGUGAGUCGGGUACUGUGGCCGAAGAGUUGGUGAGACUGUGUGGCUCCAAACUGGUUGCCAUGACGAAUGGCGGGAAAGACUCUGUUUUAGCCAAUGGCUCACAGGUUGUGGAGGUGGCCCCUCCCCCUGUGAGUGAAGUAGUGGACACUACUGGUGCAGGAGACGCCUUCCUUGGAGGACUCAUAGUCGGUAUCACUAGGGAAGGGGGGUUGCCAGGCGACAGAGAAGGACUGAGAGAGUUGGGAAGUAUUGCCAAUGCGUUUGGAGCAGCAUGUACCCAAUCCAUUGGUGGAGUUCCUACCACUAGUUCGAGGGACCUACUUCUGCAGUAUCUACCUGGACUUGAGCUGGCCCAAGGUGGUAGCGAUGUUGGUGAAAUGACAGGGUUUCACUCUUCCCUGGCGAGCGACCAAGCAGCUGUGUCCUCAGUGUGCAGUUGUCUUGACGACGGGAAACUACAGUCAUUUGUGACUGCACUCAAUGUCUGCUCUGGCACCAUCUUCACCUCAGGCAUAGGGAAAUCAGGAGCAGUUUCCAGUCGGUUUGCUGGCUCCCUCAGCUCACUAGGACUUCCCUCCCACUUUGUGUCAGCUGCAGAAUGGACUCACGGAGAUCUGGGGAAGGUGUGUGCAGGUAGGGAUGUGGUGGUGUUCCUGUCUCAUGGCGGAGCUACGAGAGAGUGUGUCGAGGCAGCGUCUUACCUCAGUGCGUCGCUGGAGUGGCUGUUCUAACCAUCACCAGUAACCCAGAUUCAGAGCUAAGUCGACUGUCCCUAGCCUCUCUCACCUACCCUGCCAAAGGGUUCACGGAACCAUUCCAAAUGAUGCCCACCUCCACCCUAGUUGUUCAGGAAAUGUUAUGUAAUGCUCUGCUGUGUGAGCUGAUUCAGAGGAGAGGCGUAACCAAGGAGACCUUCCUUGGCAACCAUCCUGGAGGGAGCAUUGGAAGGAACCGCUAGCUAACCUCUCAGCUGUUGUGUUUGCAAUUGUUGUCUCACAGUCUCACACAUUAGUUUUUGAUUGUGCAGAAUGUCAGAAUGAUAAAAGUGAUUUUAACCACAAACUAACAGUUGCAUCAUGUAUAUAUAAAGCAAUUCACAAACUUACACACAAACACACACAAACAUGCAUGGAAUGCUGAACUAUAGCAAAACAACAGCAGUCAUCUAGUUACACACAAUCUGAGUUCCACACUUUUCACUCCAUCCCAACCUCCCCAAUUCUUCAAAUCCACUCCCUCCCCCUCCCCCCAGCUAGUUGCUGGCAGUAGAGUGCAUACUCUCUGUGCUACUGUGUAGGAAACCAGGAUCCACCUUCCGCAAAUUGAUGCUCUCGAAUUCAAACGAAGUCGUUCCUCGCGGGGACAUGUUGAUGUCAAGGUUCAGUUUGGGUGUGUUGGGCAUGGGUGGUAGGAAGUUAGGAAUGUGAAGAAGCGUCUCUUUUUGGUCGCUCGGUUGGUAGGGGAUGCUUCGACUCUCCGGGAUAGACCCGUUCACUUUCAGGUGCCCAUCGCCUGUGGAGGUCUUUGUCACACUGGGGACAAGUAUCUGCAGAGAGCCAUCUUCCUCCCGCAGGUGACUGACAUCAUUGGCGCUGUAAGAUGUGGCUAGGACUGGCUCCACCUCUUUCUCCUCAAAAACACGGUCCAUUGACGAGUCAUUUGACCUCACCUCCACCCCAGUCUUUGCCACAGAGGUAAUGGGGGCCGAAUCUCUCCUUAAUGAGAGGGGCCGCCCCCUGGGGGCCAUGAGAGCAUCAAUGAAAUUGGCAGUGUAGGGGGAGGCUGCGAGGGAGGGGCCGGCAGCCAGGUAGAUGUCGUCCAUUGACACACUACUGGAUGGGUGACUGUGGGAGAUGCUUAGCUGGAGACAGAGAGAGAGAGAUGAAGGAGUGAGAUUGGAGAACUUCGGAGCGAGAAAAGGCAAAAGUUGGGAGCGAGAUAUGGAAAAUGUGAAAGUUUGAAGCGAGAUUUGGGGAAAACACGAAAUUAUGGAGCGAGGGGAAACAUAAUACAACAGUGUUGACUUGCAGUGUG